AUGGAGGCAGCGGUAAUGCGCAAUUCGCCCGAGUUGGCCAACGGUGGCUCCCAUCCACGCAAGGCCAAUGGCGCAAUGAAUGCCCCAGAUAGCCAUACAUACAGCGCAAGAGGCCCGGACACUGGGAGCUACGCUGAAGAUAAGAAUUAUGAGCCUGUUGCGGAGUCAGGCCCGUCCAAGCCCUCAAGGUCCAAAUCAAAAGCAAGUUCAAAGCAAGGCCCACGGGAAGAAUCUUUUUCAGCCAGAGCUCGUGAUACCAAUUUGAACUAUACUACUCGGAAGUACGCACCUGACUCACUCGGAUUAUCGGACGAAUCAAUUACGCCUCGAGGCGUUCCAUCCACUUCCAACCCCCCAGAAGCUGAGAUGACCGUCCAAGGAAUCGAAGAAUCGACACAACCGGAAGCUUCCACCGAUCCGAGUAUGCAAUCGCUUCCGAGUCGCUCAAAUACUGUGCGCUCAACAUCAUCUUCUCAACGCCGAGACUGGGCUCCGGAUCGUUCGCCUCUCCAAAAGCUCGAAGUGACUCUGAAUGGAAUCAGUAAAGAAGAGAAACGCGCACGGGUUCAGGAAGCGGAAGCACGACUUCGAGAGCGUCUGGCCCGUCAAAAGGUGGAGCGAGAACAAGCUGAGGCAGCAUCAAAGAUGUUGGCGACUGCAGCAGCUGCUGCCGCGGCCGCUCCGAGACCUACCUCAAAGCAGAGUUCACAUUCAGAAAACAGGCCAUCCUCUAGUGCAGCCCGAGACCGCGAGCGCAAGGGUGUUAUCCUUGAAGAUACCACACGAGACCUACCGCCGAAUCAACGGCAGCCGAGAGGAGCCCCAGUGCGUCACAACAGGAACGCUUCGACAAAUCCUCAAUACCCCAUGAUGAAUAGACCCGAAGAAGUCCAGUAUGCGCGCGCAGAAGUCGCCAUUCCGCAAACCGCAAGAAUGGGUCAAGUUCCCCGAAGAUCUGUAACAGUGAGUGGCCCAGCCGCAAAACCUGGGCCAUCUGGUGAGAACAUGAGGCAUACACGUUCAGUCUCUACGCAAGGAACGGUCAAACAGCGGAAUUUCGUUGCCCCAGCCGCCGUUGAUACUGCUCCUAUUAUCUUGAGCGAAGAUACCGUGGAGACCCCUCCAGCUGCACGAACAGUUCAGGGAAGUGUCCAGUCGCUGCCCAAGCCAAAAAAGCAAACAGUAUCAUUUAAUGUGCCACCACCCACUCCUCCCCCAGUCUAUGAAUGGAAGAAUGCGCCUGUUGCACGUCUGGGAGCGACAGACUUUGACUUCCAGAACCUCGACAUGGAUCGAAGUAAGGCAUGGUGGGAAGGUGGCGGCACCAAAGAUCGCAGAAAGAGCAGAGCUCUUCCUAAGGAUUACCAGACACCAGCUCAGAAGCUCACAGGAGUUACUCAGCACAAGAGCUUUGAACCAAAACUUUUCCUUCAAUGUGGUCCAUUGUUGCGGUAUACGGGAAUAAAGAAAGUCACCGUUACCGGACCCCAAGGUACCAUUGGCAAGGACAUCUGGCGAGGCUCUAUUUUGAUUGUGACAAGAGACUCUCGCUCUUCCUAUGCGAAUCCGCCUACAGUGCGCUUGUUUUCUCAACCAAUGAAUCUCCUGCCUCCUCCACCAGCAGAGAUCAGCCGCGAGGAUGGUGUACAGCUCGCGCCUGAAUAUAUCGAUCCUACUGCUGGACUUAUGAAAGUUGGCCGAGAUGGUCGGCCCCUUUACGUUAAGCCAGUUGAUCAUCUUGAGGAAGAAGUUGAUCUGUCUGCAGUGGAGAAUGACGAUGGCAUGUAUGAAAUGAGUCCGAGUAACGUUGAUUACCAGUCCGAGGGAUCUGGUCAACCAAUCCCCGCCAAUCGUAUUCAUCCCAAAGACGGUGAAACUGCUAACCUAUACCGAGAAAUUGCUGGUGUUCGCCUUUACGCCGAUGCUGCCAGAGACGUGACAUUCUGGCGAUUCAGUCUUGAGGUCGAGCUCGGUACAACACAACAGCGAAUUGCUUAUCGCAUAAACCAGGGCCCUGCCCUAGGUUUCUGGGUGCCAGCCGCUGGGCAGCCUAUGAACAUCAUGUACCACAGCGGGAAUGGAUUUAGUCCAUCUGUUGACUCCAACCCCUUCUGUGGGCCCGAUCCUCUGUGGCGCGAUAUUCUGAACGAGCACCAGACCCAGCCAUUCCAUGUGAUGAUCGGUGGUGGUGACCAAAUCUUCAAUGACUCUGUCAUCACGGAUUCUCAUUUUUUCCAAGAAUGGACCAAGAUCAAGAGCCCUGCCGAGAGAUAUGGCAUGCCUUUCACCCCAGAAUUCCGUGCUGAGGUAGAGCAGUUUUACUUGCAUCGCUAUGCUUCAUGGUUCUCGCAGGGUCUUUUCUCCCUUGCCAACUCGCAAAUCCCCAUGGUCAAUAUAUGGAAUGAUCAUGAGAUUUUUGAAGGCUACGGCUCUUAUAAUCAGGAAUUUAUGCAGAGUAUGGUGGUCUCAGGCCUGGGAAGAAUUGCUUUUAAGUACUACUUGUUAUUCCAGCAUCACAGUGUUCCAGAUGAGACAGAGGAAGAAGAGCCUAGUUGGAUUCUCGGUGCUCACCCCGGUCCCUAUAUUGAGCAAAAAAGUCGAAGUCUUUUCAUGUCUCUAGGUGGUGAUGUGGUUCUCUUGGGCCUGGAUUGCCGAACUGAAAGAACAAGCACCGGGGUCCUCAGUGAAGAAACCAAUGAACUGAUUUGGGAUCGAUGCCACCAAGAAAUAGCUCGAGGAGAAACUAAACAUAUGAUUGUGCUCUGCAGUGUACCUGUCGCCUAUCCCCGCGUGGCCAUGCUCAAGAACUUUAUGAAUAGUCGAAAGUCACUAGGGAAGUCCGGCAAGCUUGGGGGAAUUGUCAGCCGUUCAGGUGGCAAUGUGGAGGUGUUUGAUGACCACUGGGCUGGCAAGCAAUUGAAGUCUGAGCGAACAUGGUUGGUGGAAGAUCUGCAAGAUUUUGCCGCCGAGAAGUCCAUCCGGGUUACAAUCCUGAGUGGUGAUGUUCACCUAGCUGCCAUUGGGCAAUUCUAUUCGAAUCCCAAAUUGAACAUUGCGAAGGACAAGGACUAUCGAUACAUGCCCAAUGUCAUCUCGUCCGCCAUUGCCGACAUCCCGGAGACAGAGUUAAUCUCAGAUAUGCUCAACAAGCGCAAUACCGUGCACCACAUCGACUCAAAUACAGACGAAGAUAUCAUCCCCAUCUUCACACAGGAUGUCGAUGGCAAGUCUCGAAACAACAAGCGGAUGCUACCCCGACGAAACUGGUGUUCUAUUAGGGAAUAUAAUCCCGGUUCAACACCACUUGGAACGCCUGACUCCGGCUCCAUGACGCCUACCCCAGAGCCCCGCCCCAAUAAACUUCAAAGAACCCUGUCCUUAGGACGCGGUGACAGGGCCACCGAAAGCGGGUCUGGUAAAGCUGGUGGUCUGUUCAGGCGACUAUCUGGACGCGGACCACCCCCCACGAGAGCAAUGAGCUUUGGUCGCGAAGCUGGCAUGCCUGCUCGACGAGCUAGUAUCGAUUCCACUGCCAUCUCUCGCCCUACAGAAAGCGGGGACAGUUACUUCCCAGGGGCAACGCAAGAGCUCCAGCCUGGUCGCUUCCACAGACGACCAACCAAUCUGAGCGAAAAGAGCGCCAAAAAAUCCAAGCAAGGCGAUGACGGUGUGGGUGCCUAUGUAGACCUUGAGGGAGGUCUAGCAAUCACCUUGAAUAUGGAGGUCAGCCCGCAUGAUCCAGCAGGCAUCACGGUGCCAUACAAACUUCUCGUGCCGGCCUUACGUUACGAUGGUGAUGGAAAUGAGCCAUUGCCCAAACCAAUCACCAAGGGCUGGCGAAAAUGGCUGAACAUGCCGCGUCGCAAGAAGAACACGGCUGCAGCCGAUGAUGACGAGGAAGAGGAGGAGGAGGACAACGACGACGAAGAAGAUCCCGAUGACUACGAGGAUGAUGAUACUAUGAACAACACUCGUGCGAAUGCAGCAACCACGCAGCAGCAUUACUACGAGGGGUACCCUGGCAGCGAUGACUCCGAGAGUGAAGUGCCUCAGCGAUUGCCGGCAGAGGCUCUCGCAGAUUCAUCACCAGAAGAAGAAUAUGACGAUGAACCUGCACCGAGGAGGAAGAAGUGGUUCGGAAUGAAAUAA